CUGCUGGAUCCCAAUCUUAAAAUCCCAGAGAUGAAAACUGUAGUACAUUACAUUACGAAGAUAACAAAAGGAAACUUGAAGCAAUUCAAAAAAGCAAUAUGUGAAUAUUGUUCACAUCUCGUUGUGUUCAACAAUGCCCAAACACUAAACAGUCACAUAUUUGACGAACACAGUGGAUAUUUCAAGGAGAUAACGGAAAAAUUCUACUAUUAUGCCGACCAACUAGCCGAAGAACGGUUUAAAAUGGCUGUUGAGGAACUGAAAUCCGAGAUUGCAGGACAAGAAUUAUUUGUCAUUUUUCUAAAUCCAAGCCUAAAGGCAAAAGUUGAAAAAUUAAUGGGAGAUAUGGAAAACAAACGUGGAACGAAAAGGAAAGUUCCUAAAGUGAACACCUCCACCCCUCACAGCAGUACCAGCAAGAACAGGAAGAUUGCAGGGGAGAAUCCCGUCGUCAACGCAGUCUCUCCUACGAGCACUUCUCGUCACCAGAUAUCGAUCACCUCGCCGUUGCCGUCAACAUCAUCUGAUUAUCAUCAGAGUUCAGGACCGUCCGGUUACCCAAAAUUCCAAGGCCAAGCGAAGAAGAAGAAAGAAUACGAAGGGGAUCGCCUUCAACAAUCGCAACAUGAUAAGGUUCCUCGAACGGCAGUUCAUCCCACUACAGUCGAAACCGAUUUGGAUGUCGGUUCACGUACUUUUUUUUAACAUUUCCGGAGCCCCGGCAGUUAGACAACCGUUGACUCAACAUUUCCAACAUUCUUCGCUUCAUGUCUCCAGCAUACAGCAACAACAUCCACCGCAACAACAUCAUCGACCAGGGUCUGUAGAUCUUAGUCGUCAGCAGGAUCUUAACCGUGGCGCCGGUGAUGUGGCCAAUGAUUCCAUUCUUCGCAAAACUGGCCCAUUGCAGCAGCGCACCCUA